CGUAACUAUACAGUACCAGGUGCAAUAUUUGGAGACAAUUAGCAAUUAAGUCAUAUCUAACAAUUAAUGAGGGGAAAAUACAGCAAAUUAUGUUAUAAUUCCAACCGAGACAAGUCCUAUACCAGAGGUGAUUCAGAAAGGGUAAACACACGUUACAAGGGUACAUGAAGGCAACACCAAUGUACAGUAAAGAGUUGUAGUCUGUGAACAAGAUUUUUAAAACUGUGCAGUGUUGUGUUAAAAAAGACACGAGAUAAAGCUUGGAACAUACUUCCGAAACAAUACAUUAGCUGGUUAGCUAAACAUGUAUUUUCGUCAGAUUUUGCGGACGCAGUUACACGGGACGAGAACGGUCCAACUCCACCGCUUGCACCGUGUUUGUCGAGCCGAGGUAGCUGGUCUGAAAAGAAUCCAUCUCAUUCUCAUAAACAUUUUAUUUUCCUCGUGUGCAGCUGAGCAUUUUGAAAACGAUUGUCCUACCAGCCCUGGUGGUGGCUGUGGGGAUUCUGCAGUGCCCCACCACCAAGAGAGACCACUGUGCACAAAGAGUGACGAGGUGAGGCUGGCAAAGGAGGCCAGCAACAAGUAUGGCUCCCCAGCUCCAACCAUCUUCUCUAAAGUGAUCGACAAAAGCAUCCCUGCAGAUAUAAUUUAUGAAGAUGAGAAGUGUUUGGCAUUCAGGGAUAUCAGCCCACAGGCACCUGUUCACUUCCUUGUUAUUCCAAGGGUCCCUAUUCCCAGAAUAAGUGAGGCCAAAGAUGAUGAUGCUGAGCUCUUAGGACAUUUGUUGAUUGUUGCCAAAACAGUGGCGAAGCAAGAAUCUCUAACUGAAGGCUACAGAGUUGUGAUCAACGAUGGAAAGCACGGUGCUCAGUCAGUUUACCACCUUCACCUCCACGUCCUGGGAGGAAGACAGUUGGCGUGGCCACCAGGAUAAUGGCGACAUGUAUGACUUGAUAUAUGAUGGGUGUAGGUCAUAUUCUCUUCCCAUCCUUCUGUACAAAAAGUAAAUUCACCACAAAUAAUUGUUUAAUGGACUAAUUCAAAAGUGAAUACAUGAUGUUUAAUAUGGCUGCAAAUAAAGACAUUCCUUCUAAUAUGGAAUGGCAAAAGGUCAA